AUGGUUUUUGGACUCUUAAGAGUUGUAAGCGGUAGGCUCUUGAAAGGUCCAGCUGAUAACAUCUUGAAACUUGCAUACUUCUCUUUGUGAUUCUCGCUCACUAUAGCCUUAAUUGUUUAUAAAAAAGCAUUUCCAAAUUCUAAAAAUAUAAAACAAAGACAGCAGGACAAAGAAAAAUCAAUAACAUCCAGAAUUGUUGAUGUAUCAAAAAACAAUAAAUUCUUUGAGGUCUUCAAUUUAUAUCAGAUAACCACGUGCGCAAAAAUCGCUGAAAAUCUUAAAAACGAAUCAAUAAACAGAUUUGAAAUCACUUCUUUUUCCCCCAUUCUACUGGGAAAGCCUGGAACUAAUGCCAUAGUAAGGGCAGAAAAUAGAAAUUGAUAUGAUAAAAUAAAAAAUGAUAAAAUUCCAGUCUUUAUUGGAUGGGAAGUUGAAAAGGAAGCAUUAGAUUGUUUUAAAACUCAAAUUUUAUUACGAAAUAAGCCAGGAAUAAUUAUUCUAUUUUAUAAAAACAAUGAAGCUGCCAUUAAAGAAGAACAAAAUUUACUAUGGAUUACGUCAAAUUUAGAUUCUGAGUGCAAUGAUAUUGAAAUCGAAUUCAAUAAAAUUAUUGAAAUAGCAAUUAAUUGGGCAGAAAGUAGGAAUUACCAAUUGGAGCAAAAAUUACUCCAAGGAUUGCCUAAUAUUGGAAAUACUUGCUAUAUGAAUUCGUUAAUCCAAGUAUUCUCAAUUAUGCCUGAACUUUAUGAAAUCAUUAGCUCCAUAAAUUUGCCUCUAUUUCAGCCUCUCAAAAAUAUACUCUUAGCAUUGAAAAUGAGAAAUGAUAAUUUUAAUUACAGAUAUUACCUGGAAAAAUUUCAAACCCAAAUUAUCGAAAACUUUCAUAUGGUAGGUAUCAUUUAUUUAGUUUACAGCCCAUAG